GUGUUUACAUCUGUCGUUGCGUCCGGAGCUUCUCGCGAGUGUGUUCGAGUGCGUGUGUGGGAGAAGGGUAAAGUGUCGAGGCCGACACUCCAAAUAUAUGCAGAUUCGCCAGUCAAUCAUAAAAUUUCAGGGAAAAUGCAGAUCCGAUCGAAUCACUCCACAAUGUAAUGCCAUGUUCCCUGAAGACAAAAGACUGCAGAAAUUCGCACAGCAAGCCCAAAUUGCAAUGAAAAUGCAAGUUUGCUCAAAUCACUGGCGUCGAUGAUGUCAUGUGCAGGUUUCAUGAAGACAUCGAACCAUAGAUAAGUUGCAUACGAUGGCUCUGUGGCUUAUAGGAUUCGGUUGUGCCAUGCCUUAGAUAACGGCACCUUGCAAGGGAUUUUGCAACGAUGAAGUGGCGUAGAUUUGGCAAUUAGAAGUGAAAUAAAUGAGGCGAGAAUGUUUAUUUGUCUGUGAAGUUGUGAAGGGAGGAGCGAAUCACAAACGCAAGUAUGAAGACAAAAAAAUUAGCCACGGCCGAGAACUACAGCGCAGUGGCCGUUCGCGCGAAGCUCUCCGUGGAGGUGGAGCAGAGGAAGAGGCUGGGAGCCUGGGCGAAGAGAGUGCUCGUCCUCGAUGGGGCCACGCUCUACGCCUACAAGACUAAGGGCGAGGGCGGAAGCGUGGGCGGCUGGGCGGUGGGCGGCGCUGACGUCCACGUGGGGAAGGGAAACGACUCCACCCGCGACGAUGGGCGGCAUAUCCUCGUCGUGUCACGCCCACCCGCCUACAAGCUCACCUUCUCCUUCAACACAACGUACGAGCAAGCGAGGAUGGUGCAGGCCCUGUCCUCCUCCGGCGCCACGGUGACGGGCCUGGAUGCCAUAAUGCUGAUGAAGAAUCUGCGGCGCCAACAGGAAGAGGAGGAGCGGGAGGAGGCGGGCGGGGUGCGGAGACAAUCUCUGCUUGAGAACUGCGGCCAGAGUCCUCCUCCGCCGGCGCAGGGAGCCGAGAUCAGCCCUGCAGGUCAGGGUCAAGGCUCGCCGGAGAGGCAAAGUCACGAGGGGAAAAUCGGCGACCUAAUGCAGGAGAUCAGCACGACAAUUUUCAGCGAGGAGACGGGCGUGGUGUCGAAUCCCCUCUACACGUCACUUAUUAAUCUGACUUCGCCAAGCCUCAAAAGUGCGCCGAACGGAGAUCUACAUCUUUCUUCCCAUACUUCUGGGAACGCUGCUAAGGCUUCCCAGACCGCCCUGGGACCUCCGUCAGAGGCGCUCGCGGGCGGCCACAAGGCGAAGGCGAAAGUUAAUCCCGUGCCGAAGCCCCCUCGCAGCGGUUUCACUGAGCGAAGCCAAUCAUGGGAGCCUCCGACCCGACAAGUAUCCGACGAUGGAACUCAAGUGCGUUUUAAAAGGCAGUCUUUCUCGAGCUUUGGAGAGGGGAGCACGCUCGCCUGCGGGGGAAGCGGAGAGUCCUCGGAGGACGAUGACGUGUUCGGUGAAGUGACGCCUGAAGUGACCGAGAAUCUAAUUGAGGCGAAGAACCAGCUCCUCCGCGAGAAAUAUAGUUCUGAAAAACGCAGUGACAGUGAAGUCAGUGACGCGGAAGCUGCCGAAAAUUCCAAAAGAAAUCAGGGUAAAGUUGCCAAGUUUAUCAAGAGGUUUGAAAGCAUCGAUCAGCAAAGCGUCGGAAGUCGUAGUUCGAGGAGCGACGAAGAGGACGAAGAAGAGGAGUCGGAGAAAACUGAUGACACCUACGAGGAGGACAUCAACAAGAUGAAGCUGGAACGCGGCCUGUCCAUCGACUCACAGAGCGGCGGCUUCUGCGGGGAAUACCAAGCCUCUGAACUGAUCAGCAACAUAGCGCGAGAUUCUCCGCAAAACUUGAUAUCGGAUAAGAUCCCCUUGUCCUUCAGCGACGAAAAUGCAGGCACGGACAAGGAAGAGAGCUCGAGCGAGAAUGGCGACAAAGAGCCACAGUCGAACGGAAUAUCGACCAACAGUGAAGAGCAGUUUGAAAAGCUCUACCUCGAACUCAGCCAGGAGAACAGCGACCAGAUAAAUGGUUUCGGGAAAAUAAACGGUUCGGAGGAAACCACACCACCGAACCACACCGAACCGGACCCGAGAAACGGUGAGACGCCGCCGAAACAUCCCGGCGAGGAGAAUGGAGAAGCCAACGACGAGGAUAUUGUCGACAGCCCGGACACGACGCCCAUGAAGAGAGUCAAUUCCAUCAUCAAGAAGAAGAACAAGGACUCGGCCUCCUCGGGGACGGUCAAGAGAGUGCAGUUCAACCUCGACGUCCAGACCUCCGAGCCGCCACCAGUACCCGACGACAGAACCACCAAACCCACACAAGCGAAGAAGAAGGAACCGCUCGCAGAACAACUCCCCGGCAAGAAGUCUCCCAAGGACCCCACCCCUGUAAAGGCCAUGUCUCCCCCCGAAGCGCCGCCAAACUCCCCCGUCAGGAAGCCCUCCUCCCCAACCUCAUCACCCACCAAGAAGAAAGCCCCAGAUUCCCCGUCCAAAAAGGGCGGUCGGAGCUCACCCAGCCCAACCCGAUCGCCUUCCAAGAAAAAGGGGAUUCUCUCGUCCCUCUUCGCCAGCUCGGCCUCCAAAAAGGGCUCGGGAAGCUCGACGAAGGAGGAAACCAGCAAGGGUGACGAGGCUACUCGUGUCUCGAAGCCUCAGACCAAGCAGGCUUCGGGGCUUCAACGCCAAGCGACGCUGGAUAUGAACGCGCCCGUUGUUAUGAGCGGCGUGGCCGAGAUGGCAGGCAGCCUGAGCGGACGCCUCAACUCCCGCAGAAUGGAAGUCCGAGACGGCCACGUGUUGGCGUUUAUGCCAAAAUCCUCUGCGCCGUCAACCAGAAUUAGUCUCUAUGGACUCUCCGUGAUGCCGGUGCUAGGGGGCGCUCAUGCUCACGCUCUCACCCUCAAUCGCGGGUCGAGGUGUAUGAUGCUCGUCAAGCUUGGCUCCCGGGAAGAAAUGAUGCGUUGGAUCAAUACGUUAUCCGAUGAGGUUAUCAAGAUGACGCCCGCCGAACAGCGCUCUGGCCUCACCCUGUAUCCUACGCCUGAAAAGGACUCUGCUAGGAACGACGAAGACGCGACGGACGAGGAAGGGAAGAAGGAAGACACGGAGAAUGCUAAAGGAGAAGGUGAAGGAGAGACGAAGAAUAGAGUGAGUGAGGAGGAAGUUAGUGAAGUUACGGAAGUUCAGGAAAAUGGUGAUGUCGAUGAUACUGACGGCGCUGUCGUGAUGAGGAAGGAUGUUACUAGUUUGCAGGAUGUGCUUGAUUAUCGAGUCAAGAUGGAAGAGAGAGAGAAGAUUACUUACUUCGGGUCGGGUGAUGAUGCAGCAAAUGAAGAAACGAGUCAGAUUAAUAAAGAAAACACGUCAGAUGACAUUGCUAGUACUAAAAAUCAAGCACCAGAAUCCAGAAGUGUGACAACCCAAGAGGAUUUAAAGGCGAAGGAUCUUGCCAACAACGGACACCCACCAUUAAGACGGCUAUCCGGCCAGGUUAGAACGAGCUCCCAGUCUGACUCAGAUACGGUCGACAACUUCCUGAUGGCCAAUACUCUCCCUGAACCCGAAGGCAAGAGGACAGCUGUAAAUGGCCACCGCCCUCUAACUCGACUUUAUUCCCAGCCUCGCGCUCUAGCUGACGUGCCGGCCUCCAGGAAGACGUCAGGUACAGCUGCCAACAAGAGACUGACCAACGGCGUCAGCGAAGUCAGUGCGAGCGUUCCAAGGGGAGAACAGACGUCUGUGGGGAGGAGGCGAGCACAUGAGGACGAUGAUGGACGCUGUGAUCAAAUAUCGGCGAGCCCAAGAGGCCCUAUAAAAUCAAGGGAGCCGAGCCGUAAUCACGUGGCGGCCGCUGGGGCUUCGUCUCAUAUCAACUCGCACAUUCGCGGACCUUCACGCUCAGGCACUCUCCUUGAGCCUCGCCAGGUGGAGAUCGUAGAACAAGAGGUGAAGCCUAAAGCACCCUCAGAAAGCCAAAGGAUUUCGAAAAGGGGGGCUUCGGGAGGGGGCGGAGGCGAUCGGCGGAAAGAGGAGGACAAUACCCGUGCUCCCACGCCCGUGAAAGAUGAUAUAGAUGAGACGCCCACGAUCACCUGGUCAGUGGCUGCGACCCGAGAGAAGUUCGAGCUCCUGUGCUCCGUCAGUGGCGAGGAUAAGCUCGGGAAGCUCACAACCAAGACGCCCAUCUCACGCAAGAGGUCGGCCAGGAAUUCGGUGAAGAAGAAGAGGUCUCUCGACGGGACAGGAACACCGCGGAGGCAGUCUGUCAAGAGGAGCGUCAGAAGAACCCUGUCCAACAUGGAGAGCAGCAACAGCUUUGACACGGAAGGCCUCACCGACGCCGAUCCCGGACGCCAACCGCAAAGCGACGGCCUCAGGCUCCCCCCCGUGAGAGACCUCCGGAAGAACUUCGAAGCCGAGCCAACCAGAAAUUUGGCCCUCGCAAGCCCUUCGAAGCCUCUCUCGGCGAUGCCCUCCAAGACCUCCGUAGCAGGAGGCCCGGCGAAACCCCCCGUCAGACGCACAUCCAACAUCCUCCAACAGGACGCCAUAAGCCCAGCGUCCUCCCCCGAGCCAGGAUUCAUCACGAGCAAAACGAUAAACGGACGACCUAAAGGAAGGAUUCGGGACGACGACAAAGGACCCGUGACCCGCUCCCUCUUGGCGACGCGGCCGACCCCGCAGCCGGACAGCCAGGUCGUCAUCUGCUGGAGGGGCCCUUACAUCGCUCAGGGUCCCGGGUCAGAGCAUUGUUUGGAACUGGGAGGAGAACGUCAGGCACGAGACCACCUAGCGGCGAAGGCGGAAUCCGAACAAGCGGUCUUGGCCAACAUCAGCAACGCCUUUCUGGCCAAACGUCGACUCCUGGCCAAGGAGGUGAUGAUGGCCAGGAUCCAAGAGAGGUUGUCGCAGCUGGAGGAGACGAUGUGGGAUUUACAGGCUGCCAUGGCCGAGUUGGACAACAGGAAGGCGAGGAACAGCCUCGAGUGGGGCUCCCUCGAGCGCUCGCUGCGGACGGCGGAGGAGGACACAGCGUACUGGCAGUCGCGCCUCGCCCACGUCCAGAGGGAGGCGGAGGACACGAGGGAGAAGCUCGCCACUGCUCUCGCGAAGGGCCUGGCGCAGCACCUGGAGGAGGACCCACACCAAGACGCCGCUGCGGGCACGGAGGAGUCGCAGGCGUAACGCAAGGCCUCCGGUGGGCGUUUCUUCUGGUUGUUUAGGGCGGAGCUUUGUGGGGCUGCUGGUCCUCCCUCUCUCUUUUUGUUUCUUCCUCUCGCGCGGGAUAGGUGUAUGAACACAUCUACGCAUACAUACGUACAUACAUACGUACAGGUGUAAGCAUGUCCAUAUAUUAACGUGUAUAUGUAUAUGUACAUGCAUACACGCCCACGAUCAUAGAGUGGAAGAGAGAGAGAGAGAGAGAGAGAGAGAGAGAGAGAGAGAGAGAGAGAGAGAGAGAGAGAGAGAGAGAGAGAGAGAGAGAGAGAGAGAGAUUUUCCAUGCCGAUACGAUAAGUCAAGACUACAAUUAAACAAUUAUAUGAAAAGUAAAUACAUUGAUUUCCUUACGUAACGCUCCUACGGAACACAUUAUGGCUGGCACUUUUGUCAGUGCUAUUACAAAUUUCGUGACAAAUGAAACCUUUUAUUAAUAGCUCUUUUGUGUAUAUGAUUACCUUUUGCCAUACCAAAACCGUCUUUCUAUAUUCCGUAUUACCGUCAGCUCAGAAUAAUUAAGUACAUAUUUGAAUACAUAUCUCAUAUUUAUAUCGUGUAAGAUAGUUCAUAGGAAAAAGCUCCUUUAUUUCAAGUAUUUACCAAAUAUAUGUUGUUGUUUUGACACAUUUUUAUUGUUGAUAUUGUAAAUCGGAAUGAUUUGUGUACAUAUUUAAGAGUUAUAUUGCUUUGAAGUUCCUGAUUAUAAAAAGUGAUUUAUUUUGAAUAA